UUGUUUCACCACUUAAUCAUUAAUUAGAAGAGUACAGAGAAAAUUACCCAGAAACUAAUCAUGCUUACUUCAGCCAUGGAGUUCUACAGUCGCUUCCCUCAGGUGCAUGAGUCAGGAGAGCAAGUGAGGAUAGGAAGCUUUGGCAAGGACAAAGCUCUGGAGAAAACUGUUGGUACACUGCUGAGGUCAGCAUACGGUUCACUUUAUGGAGAUCCAAUGGCGGUAGACAUUUUGAUCGAUGACAAGAAAGAUCUUGAUUUUCACACCAUCUAUCAUGGACUUCACGAAAAGAUCUUUUCUCAACUGCAUAUGCCGGAUAGCCUCCAUGUGGCCACUGCCGGAGGUUUGGAAUGGCUCUCGAAGGUACCGACGAAAGUAAAGGAGGAAGGCUGGAACAAAGGGAAGGCGUGGAUAGAAGGGGCCGAUCAGCAAGUGGUGAGGGCAUAUGCGGAGCAAGCGGAAGAAGACUUACUGAACUUCUUGAAGUAUCGGAAAAAUGAGAUCAAGAUCGGAGGAUCAUUGUUUAUGAUGAUUGGUGGUCGACCUUCCUGGUCGAAGAACCAAUUAGGUGACAAUGACAAAGACUCGAGUCUCAAGCAUCCUUUCACAAGUUACAUGGAUCAAGCAUUGCAACGUCUAGUAGACCAGGGAUGGCUUAGACGUGAAGAAAGAGAUGGUUUCAACAUCCGAGUGUACUUGAGAAGUACGGAGGAGGUCAAGGCGGCGAUUGAUCGUUGUGGUGGUUUCCAAAUAGAGAAAAUGGUCAAUCUGAAGAUAGCCGACAACAUGAACGCGACUCCGAUGACGUGGAUUGCAGAUCCGUCACUAUACGGUAAGAAAAGGGCUGAGUUGGCUGAAGACGCUGCUGGCCAGUUCAUUAAGGAUCGCUUCGGUUCGGAUAUGAAAAAUAAGCUCUUCAAACGAUACGCAGAGGUAGCUAAAGCCGAUACCACUCUUAUCGACAAACCUUGUUUCUUCCACGUGAUCGCCGUUUCCGUCACUCGCAUUUGAUAUAUUCACCUAUAUCAAAAUUAAGAAUAAUAAUAAUGCCUUUUUAAUAUACGACUGAAUAGUGAAUACUACUAUAUAUGGCCGAAUUAUGUAAUAAGUUAUUUUAUAUAAGACGUGGUGAUUUAUUAAUUUUAAGUUA